CUGAAAAUUGUUGUAUGAGCUAAUUUUACUUGUAUAAAAACAAGUAAUGAGAGAAAGUGCAGUGCGAUUCGAAGUUGCAUGCGUGUAACGAAAUGGAGAAGAACACCAAACAUUCUGAUUCUCUCUCUAUCCUGUGUUUUCUUACAUUAUACUUCACUCUUUGUCUCUUCCUUCCACGGUUGCACUCUUUCGGUUAACAAGUCUCUCACUAUUUUUGGCGGGAGCUAUGCCCCACCAAAUUAAAAACAAACCAUCUUUCUCAUAAAUACAACACCAUCCCCUCCACCCUUUCACACACUCAUCUCUCUCAUAACACACUGCAACUAAACACUCUCAUCUUCCCUCAAAACGGCGUCGUACCAUUCACCAUUCCCUUAAAGACACAAGAAUUCCUCAAUGACACUCUCUCCCUUUCUAUUUCUCUUUCUCCUUCUAAGCUUCUGCUUUUUCUUCACUCCGGCGCUUUCUCUCUCCUCCGACGGCCUCGCCCUUCUCGCUCUUAAAUCCGCCGUCGACCAACCCUCCGCCGCCUUCUCCGACUGGAACAACGGCGACCCCACGCCCUGCGCCUGGUCCGGAGUAUCCUGCGCCAACAUCUCCGGCCAGCCGGAGUCCCGCGUCGUCGGACUCUCCCUCGCCGGAAAAUCCCUCUCCGGCUACCUCCCCUCGGAGCUCGGCACGCUCCGCUUCCUCCGCCGCCUCAACCUCCACGACAACGCCUUCUCCGGCGUCCUUCCGCCGCAGCUCGCCAACGCCACCGCGCUCCACAGCCUCUUCCUCCACCGCAACAACCUCUCCGGCCCCCUCCCCGCCGCCCUCUGCGCCCUCCCGCGCCUCCAGAACCUCGACCUCUCCGACAACGCCUUCUCCGGCCACAUCCCCGACGACCUCAAAAACUGCAAGAAUCUGCAGCACCUAAUCCUCGCCGGAAACAAAUUCUCGGGCGAAAUCCCCGCCGGCGUGUGGCCGGAGCUGCAGAACCUCCUUCAGCUCGACCUCUCCGCGAACGAGUUCACAGGCUCCAUCCCUAACGACCUCGGAACCCUAAUUUCCCUCUCCGGCACGCUGAACCUCUCGUUCAACCACCUCUCCGGUAGGGUUCCGGCUUCAUUAGGAAAAUUACCGGCCACAGUUAGCUUCGACCUCAGAAACAAUAACCUCAGCGGCGAAAUCCCCCAAACGGGGUCGUUUUCAAACCAAGGCCCCACCGCGUUCCUUGGAAACCCUAACUUAUGCGGGUUUCCGCUUAGAAAAUCAUGUUCCGGUUCGAACCGUGGUUUUUCACCCGGUUCGGACCGGAACCAACCGGUUAACCGGUCUAAGGGGUUGAGUCCCGGUUUGAUUAUUUUGAUCUCAGUGGCUGAUGCUGCUGUAGUGGCCCUCAUUGGGCUUGUGAUUGUUUAUGUUUAUUGGAAGAAAAAGGAUGAUGAGAAUGCAUGUAGUUGCAUUAGGAAGAGGAGUUUCGGUGAAGAGAAAGGGGGUGCGUGUGUGUGUGGUGGGUUUUCAUGUGUGAGUGGUUUGAGGAGUGAAGAUGAUGACGAUGAUGAUGAGGUGAAGGGUGAGGGUGAGGGUGAAGGGGAAUUGGUGAGGAUUGAUAAGGGUUUGAGUUUUGAACUUGAUGAACUGUUGAGGGCUUCGGCUUAUGUGUUGGGGAAGAGUGGGUUGGGGAUAGUGUAUAAGGUGGUGUUGGGGAAUGGGGUGCCUGUGGCUGUGAGGAGGUUGGGGGAGGGUGGGGAAGAGAGGUAUAAGGAGUUUGCUGCGGAGGUUCAGGCCAUUGGGAAGGUCAAGCACCCUAAUGUUGUGAGGUUGAGGGCUUACUAUUGGGCGCAUGAUGAGAAGCUUCUCAUCAGUGAUUUCAUCUCCAAUGGCAACUUGGCACAUGCCCUUAGAGGGAGAAAUGGCCAACCAUCAACAAAUCUUUCAUGGUCCACCAGACUGAGAAUUGCCAAAGGAACAGCAAGAGGCCUGGCCUAUCUCCACGAAUGCAGUCCAAGAAAAUUCGUCCACGGUGACAUCAAACCCUCUAACAUCCUACUAGACAACGACUUUCACCCCUACAUUUCUGAUUUUGGCCUAAACCGUCUCAUAAGCAUCACUGGUAACAACCCCUCCACCGGUGGAUUCAUGGGUGGAGCCCUUCCUUACAUGAAGUCAUCACAGAAAGAGAGAACCAACAACUACAAAGCCCCCGAGGCUCGUGUCCCUGGCUGCAGACCCACCCAGAAAUGGGACGUGUACUCAUUCGGCGUUGUGUUGCUUGAAAUACUAACUGGGAGGUCACCAGAAUCGUCUCCCACGACAUCAACUUCUAUGGAAGUCCCUGACUUGGUGAGGUGGGUGAGGAAAGGAUUCGAUCAAGAAAGCCCUUUAUCUGAAAUGGUGGAUCCAUCAUUGCUCCAAGAAGUGCGCGUUAAGAAAGAGGUGCUGGCUGUGUUUCAUGUAGCACUGGCUUGCACAGAGGGAGACCCUGAGGCCCGGCCUAGGAUGAAAACUGUCUCUGAAAAUCUUGACAAGAUUGGAACGUAAUAUUUGAGUGUGUGCAGUGUGGUAGCUCUAGGACUCUCAGCCUGAGGCUGGAAUUACCCAAAAGAUACACUUCAAUCUAACGAUGCAUUUCUGUGGUAAGUGGUAACACACAAGAUUUUAUGCUAGCAUCAAUCUAAUGGUGCUGCAUUCCGUUCCUUCCAUCUUGGAUUAGCUAGCUCCGUUACAUUUGUUUUGGAACUCAAAGAAAGUUUUGGAGAGUUGUAAUUAUCACGGUCUCACUUACAUCCCAUUCUCAUUUUUUAUUGUUUGUUACA